UCCCCCUCCCGAAGGCGGCGGUGCUUGGGGGGGAGUCCUCUCGCUGAGUCCGCUGCUCUUUGGCUGCGCUGUGGAGAGAAGCUGCAGCGCAGCAUCAGCACAGACACUGAGCUCAAGUUGGCAACUACACCAUCACUGAUGCUGAGGACUUUACUCAUGUUUCCACCGCGACAUUCAUCAUUCACAUGUUUUUUUUUUUUAAACUCUAAUCACUUUCAGCCAUGUCAACCGUCAGCGUCGCUUUUUUAACACCACAUUUACUCUUUGCAUGCAGUCCACCAGAAUGAACUUUAUUUAGGACGCAUCCUGCAGGUAUCCUGAGGUCCAGUCUCACCGUCUUCAUCCGCUGGACGUCUUUCUUGUGAUACAGUUCAGUUUCACCUCAGAUUACCACUCAUCAUCACUAAUAUUUGCUUAAGGACGGAGGGAAGAGGACAAUGGGGGCCGGUGGGGUUUCCCCCCAAGCCCUGCUGUGGCUCAACCUGUUCAGCUUCAUCUCUCUGGCGUCGUCCCUCAACCCGGACGACCCCAACGUGUGCAGCCACUGGGAGAGCUAUGCAGUGACUGUCCAGGAGUCCUACGCUCAUCCGUUCGACCAGGUCUACUACACCCGCUGCACCGACAUCCUCAACUGGUUCAAAUGCACCAGACACAGGAUCAGCUAUAAGACAGCCUACAGGAGAGGUGUGAGGACCAUGUACAGGCGACGCUCUCAGUGCUGCCCGGGCUUCUAUGAAAGCGGAGACCUGUGUGUUCCGUUGUGCACUGAGGAGUGCGCCCACGGUCGGUGUGUCUCUCCUGAUACCUGCCAGUGUGAGCCCGGCUGGGGAGGACUGGACUGCUCCAGCGGCUGUGAGAGCGACUACUGGGGUCCCCACUGCAGUAACCGCUGUCAGUGCCGGAACGGGGCCAAAUGUAACCCGAUAACCGGAGCCUGCGUCUGCACCGACGGCUACCAGGGCUGGCGCUGCGAGGAGACUUGUGACCUCGACUUCUACGGCAAGGACUGCAUGCUGGAGUGCCAGUGCCUCAACGGUGCCACCUGCCACCAUCAGACCGGCGAGUGCCUCUGUGCGCCCGGAUACACCGGUGCCUUCUGUGAGGAGCCUUGUCCUCCAGGUAAACACGGCUCCCUGUGUGAACAGCGUUGUCCCUGUCAGAACGGAGGAACCUGCCACCACGUCACAGGGGAGUGCUCCUGUCCCGCCGGCUGGGUGGGUCCCGUCUGCGCUCAGCCGUGUUCGUUCGGAUCGUUUGGAAUUAAUUGCUCCCAGGAGUGCACCUGUCGUAACGGAGGCCUGUGCGACCACAUCAGCGGUCAGUGCCAGUGCACCGCCGGCUACAUCGGAGAGAGAUGCCAGGACGAGUGCCCGGUCGGCACUUACGGGCCGCAGUGUGCCCACAAGUGUGACUGCCAGAACGGCGCCAAGUGCUACCACAUCAACGGUGCCUGCCUGUGCAACGAGGGCUUCAAGGGCCCGAGCUGCCAGGACCGCUUCUGUCCCACCGGCCUGUACGGACUCAUCUGCGACAAAUACUGCCCCUGCAAAGAGACAAACACGCUCAGCUGUCACCCUUUGUCAGGAGAGUGCACCUGUGCAGCGGGAUGGGCGGGGCUUUACUGCAACGAGACCUGUCCGGCGGGUUACUACGGCGAGGGCUGCAGAGAGCUGUGUGCCUGCGCCAACGGAGCCGACUGUGACGGCACCACUGGAGGUUGUGUGUGUGCACCAGGAUAUAUAGGUGACGACUGCUCUAUCAGCUGUCCUGCAGGCCUGUACGGGAUCAACUGCACCUCCUCGUGCUCCUGUCACAACGAGAUCUCCUGCUGGCACAUCGACGGCUCCUGCAUCUGCAGAGAAGGUUGGCAGGGCGUGGACUGCUCCAUCCCGUGCUCCAGUGGUACCUGGGGACUGAGCUGCAAUCAGACGUGUCAGUGUGCCAACGGGGCGGCCUGCGACCCGGUCAAUGGAACCUGCACCUGCUCCCCGGGCUGGAGGGAUGAAUACUGCGACUUACCGUGUCCUGAGGGAUCAUACGGACUGGACUGCAGAGAGAGAUGUGACUGUGUCAACGCCGAUGGCUGCGAUCCAGUGACCGGCUUAUGUCGCUGUCUCGCAGGUUGGACAGGUGUCCAUUGUGACAGCGUGUGUGAGGAGGGACGCUGGGGACCCAACUGCUCCUACAGCUGCACCUGCGAGCACGGAGGCUCGUGCUCGCCGGAGGACGGUGCCUGUGUGUGCGCUCCGGGUUACCGCGGCACCAACUGCAGACGAACAUGUUCGCCCGGUUUCUACGGCCACCGCUGCAGCCAGUCCUGUCCUCAGUGUAUCCACAGCGACGGGGCGUGUCACCAUGUCACCGGCCACUGCGAGUGUCUCUCCGGUUUCUUCGGUUCACUCUGCAACCAAGUGUGUCCCAGUGGAAAGUAUGGUAAAGCCUGCGCCGAGACAUGUUUGUGCACCAACAACGGCACUUGUAAUCCCAUCGACGGUUCCUGUCAGUGCUACCCUGGAUGGAUCGGCGAGGACUGCUCCAAACCGUGUCCUCAGGGCUCGUGGGGUCCAGACUGCAUCCACACAUGUAACUGUCACAACGGAGCCCAGUGCAGCGCUACAGAUGGAGAGUGUAACUGCAGCCCUGGAUGGACGGGACUCUACUGUACUCAGCGCUGUCCUACUGGUUUCUACGGCUCCCAGUGCGCCGAGGUGUGUCGCUGUCAGAACGGGGCGGACUGCGACCACAUCAGCGGACAGUGUUCCUGCAGGACGGGCUUCAUAGGACAGAGCUGUGAACUCAAGUGUCCUGCGGGGACGUUCGGUUACGGCUGCCAGCAGCUGUGCGAGUGUAUGAACAACGCCACCUGCGACUACGUGACGGGAACCUGCUACUGCAGCAUCGGCUUCAAAGGCAUCCGCUGUGACCAGGCGGCCCUGAUGAUGGAGGAACUGAACCCGUACACCAAGAUCAGCCCGGCGCUGGCGUCGGAGCGCCAGUCAGCCGGCGCCGUGCUGGGCAUCAUCUUCCUGCUGCUGCUCAUCAUGGCCAUGCUGGGUCUGGUGGUCUGGUUCCGCUAUCGGCAGAGAGAGAAAGGUCACCACGUGCCCAACGUCACCUACACGCCCGCCAUGCACAUCAACUCCACCGACUACUCCCUCUCAGACUACAUGAAGGGCUCCCUGUCCAGCACCUGCUCCCUCAACAGUGAAAACCCGUACGCCACCAUCAACGACCCGCCUGCUCUGGCCUGCAAACACUUGGAGAGCAGCUACGUGGAGAUGAAAUCGCCGGCUCACCAUGAACACAUGACGCACUGCUGCUCCGCCGCCAUCAUCACCACGACCACCACCACCACGGCGCCAGCCAAGAACGUCUACGACAUGGAACCAACCAUCAGUAUCGUCCAGGGAGCCGGCGGCAUGGUGGUUCCCAGUUACCCUCAGAACCCGUACGACCUUCCCAGGAACAGCCACAUCCCCAGCCACUAUGACCUGCUGCCCGUACGCCCGAGCCCGUCUCACAGCCACAGCCUCACCUUCCACAGCCACAGCCCCCCGCUGCCCGGCAGCCCCACCAGCUCGCUGCUCUAGACCCCCGACACCCCAACAGACUGGACGCCUUUGGGGGGGGGGAACCCAGUGCACACCCAGUUCAUCCAGAAACUGUGAACUGGGACACAACGUUGGAGGGAUGUGUUUUUGAUUGAUGAGCGCAGGAGGAGGACAAAGAUAUGAUUUGUUGAGACUAAUAUUUAUUUCUGCGUGUGUGUGAAUCUCCCUCUCGCAGUGCUCACACCGUUGCACUGCUGUUUGAUAUCUUAUCACUGUAUUAUAUCCAAACUGUUCGAGCUGUUUCGUGCCAGUCAAUACUACAUAUUUGUGUCGUAUUGUAAAUUUCCCCCUCAUCAACAGAAACGUCAACAGAGGGAAUAUACACGUACAUACGCGCACGAGUAUACCUUUUUUUUCUGGUAUGCUGGUGUCUUUGUCAUUUUUGAUACAUCCUGAGUCAGAAGACGGAAACCGGAGGACGACGGGAAAAAAACUGACUGAGUUACUCGUGUAAAAUUAGCGGAGUUGAACUGUAAAUGUGCCAAAGACAAGAGAGACGCCGACUUCACACCUGAACAAGCAUCAUAUGAACAUUGUUGCUCGCAGUGCAAACAAACUUGUACAAACUUGUACAAGAAAAAGAUGUUCCUUCCCAAAAAAAAAAAAAAAAAAAAAAAAAAAGGAACUGAGGAAUGCUGGUCAGGUUUACACUACCUGUAUAGUUCUGGUAUUUUUACACAUUGUUUCUUAUUUCCUGUUUACAUAUUUAAAGAUCCUGACGGGAUCCAUAUUUUCUCUCUUUUUGUAUGUACUGUAGACUAAGUGGUGUAUCGGAUGUACACUCGCUGUACAUUGUAGUGGUUAUUAUUGUGAUUUUUUCUUUUGUUGUGUCGAGCUUAAUACACAUGCAUGCCAAAGAUUAUUCAAGAUAUUAAUAGUUAGUCAGGAAAAAACCCUUAUUAUGUCCUUUGGUGCAAAUUAUUGUCAUCUGACUGACUCAACAUGAGAACCAAAAACAUCUGGAACAUGUGUUUUAAGGAUAUGCAGUGAUGUAUUUGGUAUAGUGAGGAAAAAAAGGCCAAUGAAAGUUAAAAUUUUUUAUUUACUUCACAUAAAAGCUCCUAAAAACAAAGAAAAUAUUUCUCAUCUCCUUGUGGCAACUAUCUCUUAUAAUCCAGAUGAAAUUGAGCCGUAAAUGGAUGAAAUUUUGCUUAAUUUUCCAGUUUUUUUUAAAUAUUCUAAAACUUUGGCAAAUAGCAAUAACAGGACAUGUUGACAAUCAGAUGUUAUCAGCUUUGUUUUCUCAACGUAUUUGUUUUCCUGCUUUUGUUCCUUUUUUUUUUUGCUCCGACUUUAUAUCUUGCUCGUAUGUCAUUUUCUCAUCUUUGAUCCAGAAAAUAGUUUCAGCUAUAGUAGAUGUAUCCAGUGCUACUUGUGUUUUUUGUUUUUUUGUUUGUUUCAAGCUCUUAAGCUUAAUAAAGUCGUCAUAGC